AUGAAGUGCAUAUUCUAGAGAAUAGGAAAGAAAGGAGGAGAAAAUGGAAAUGCGUGUACAUGUCUACAUAGGAAAAGCAAGAAAAAAAAAGAAAGGAAGAUACGAAAACCUUCCCCACCAAUUACGCCCAAUCUUAUACCUUUCCUUCAUCUUCACCUUUACCCUUGCCCAUUCACAAUUUGCACAAACCCAACCCACAAUAAGAAUAAAAAUCUCACCGGAUGCUGCUGCCAUCCAUCCACCCCCGAACCCAAUGCCCACAAAUCCAAAAUUCUCUUCCGGUCGUGAACGCCGUACGCCCCUCUGGCUCUGGUGCGCCGCCAUCGUCUGCACCGUCAUCACUUUAGCCGUAAUCAUCGCAGGCAUCGUCACCUUCGUAGGCUACUUAGUCAUACAUCCCAGGGUGCCUUACGUCAGCGUCGUGGGCGCUCACCUCGAUCCCUUGCGGAUCGAUUACGCAGGCAUUCUGCAGAUUCAGGCCACCAUCGUGAUCCGAGCUCAGAACGGGAACAAGAUGGCGCACGCCAGCUUCUCGCAUUCCAAUUACACUCUCAGCUUGAACGGGGAAGAUAUAGCCCGGCUGGUGGCGCCGCCGUUCGAAGUGAGUAAGAACAGUUCGGUUGAUUUCCAUUAUUUGGUUCAGUCGUCGCCCAUACCCUUGGAUCCAGAACAAGCUCAGAAUGUGGAUACGGCGUUGAAGCGUGAUUAUAUCACGUUGGAUCUGAAAGGAAGCGCCAGGGUGAGAUGGAGAGUGGGCCGCCUUGGGUCGGUUCGGUUCUUGUGUCAUCUCGAUUGCCACUUGCAUUUCCAUCCUUUCAAUGGAACCUACAUUCCUUCACGCUGCACUUCCAAUGCCAAAUAAUUUCUUUUCUUUUUCCCAUUUACGUAUCCUUUAAUCAAAUAUAGUUUUCUUUACCCUUUUUCUUGUACAAGCACUAAUAAUGUGGUAGCUGCUAGCUGACAA